UCCAGACCGCAGAGUGCUUCUGAUCCACAGAUAGUGGCUCCACUGACUCAGCUUUGACUCAGGACUCAAGCUCUGUCUGACAGACUAUUGUUCAACCACCGGAGUAUGACAGGAAGUAAUUACACACAUUCAGUGCUUUUGGCUUAUUGUGCACAGGAGAAAUUACCCAGGUUCUGGUGGAAGUGGAGCCACUUUAUUUCCUGGACCGUUCAGCGAUGACUUCGUAUGCCCAGCUCUAUCUGAUGGGAUGUCUGACUCUGACUGUGGGGCUGGCUUUGGAUAUGGGGCCAAACCAAAACAUGGAGUUUACAUUUAUGCUACCCACAGGCGGCACAGAGUGUUUUUACCAAACUACCACGACAGGUGACACCAUGGAGAUAGAAUACCAGGUUAUCGCAGGAUCCGGUCUGGAUGUUGGGUUUGCCUUGAUCUCACCCAGCGGUCAGCGGGUGGUCUCUGAGUUUAGGACAUCUGACGGCAUCCAUAUGUUGGAUUAUACAGAAUUUGGAGAUUACCGGUUAUGCUUUGACAACAGCUUCAGCAAGAUGUCUGAGAAGAUGGUGUUUUUCAAAGUCAUAAUUAACAGCCAAGGCAACACAUCUGGAGGCCAAGAGGAGUGGAUGGACUUCAUCGUGACUGAAAGCGUGGCGGACUACAGAAUAGAAGAAAUCAGGAGAACAAUGGACUCAGUGUACCGGCACCUGGAGAAGACCCGCCAGGUCCAGACCGUGCUGCGGGCCUUCGAGGCCAGGGACCGCUACUUGUUAGAGGACAACCUGUGGCGAGUGUCCUUCUGGUCCUGUCUGAACCUGAUGGUGAUGCUCGGUGUGGCCGUCACUCAGAUUUACACCCUGAGACGUCUCUUUGAUAACACCAAGCGGGUCUGCACUUGAUGACAGAACCGGCACAUUACUUUUAUCCCUCACAGGAUAUGASAAAGAGAACUUUUUAUUUUGUAAAUUUUGUAUUGAUAUUCCAUUGCAUCAUGUUAUUAAUCUACAGAUCCAUGAUUUAGAGAUGCCGGUAAUUUGAGAAAUUCAGUUAUUAAGUGAAAMUCAUAUUUUAGGAAGGUCUGUGCUGCAUUUUGAGCAAAUAAUUUCUGUCGAUUUGGUUACUGUGGCUCACAGGUAAUGACCAAUGACACAGRCUUAACAAAAUACAGAAAUAUCAGCCUACGUAUAAGUCUGACUGCCUCAGAGCUCAGACUCGAUGCUUAGUUGAGGUUUUUUCGUGAGUCACUGCCAUGUUGUGUGGAAGUGAUGAAUCAGCCUGUAUUCUCCAAGGAUUUUGUCAGGCCAGCUUGCAAURGAGCUAAAGUGCCAGUGUUUCAGAGAAACACUGGCACCAUUAAUGUUUAAUUUUUCAAGGUUUGAUUUUAUUUUUUAAUGCCAAAUCUCUUAGCUAUCUUCAUUUUCGCUGGCCCGUUUUAGCUUGCUGACCAAUAAAACAUCGUGAUAACAUAAUCGUUAAAGGAGGCCUGAUACUUUAAUCAGGUGCCAAAUAAAACAAGUAUCUCCCUGGAGGUAGAAGAUGGGGAAAGAAUGAACUGUUGUAAAAUGUACUGUCAGAUUYCUGUGCGGACUUUGGAUAUGAGAAAACUCAGUGGACCAGCAGCGGCAGGUGACAUCACUUCCUAAAUCAUCAACAGCUUUGAUUCUCUCAAAUUUUCCUCCACUCUGGGACUGCAAUUUUCAGAUGAAAUGUGAAAUUAAAUGUGUAUCAUAACAGUCCAGUUGGUUUUCACCUUAAGCCACUGACAUCACCGGUUCACAAGCGGCUAAUAAAAACUGAGAAAGCUGAAAGUCGUGUCCUAAAUAAGUCAGGGCGGUGAUAUUUGAAGCUUWGAGCUGAUGACUCUUCGGUCUCCCAUAAAUUCAUGAGUGUUUCUUUUAACCGCACUUCUUCCUUCCACUCAUUUUUUCCAUUAAUAGGUUUGGAUACAGCAACAACCACUUGUUUAGUCAUCAGUCUCUCUGAAAUGAGUGUGUAGGUUACACAAUCGCUUCAAGUCAUAAUAAUCACACCAAAGAGAAAGUAAAACGUCUAACAAAUUCAUGAAUUUGAAGUGCUGAGAUAAACUGAUGAUCAAAUAUACUUAGACAAUACAAUUCAAUCAUAACAGCCCUAAUGUAUUGAUAUUUGUGAAUAUUGUGAAGUGAAUCUAGAAAGCCAUAAUUUGCUCCAAUGUUAUUUUAUUAAAUACAAUUAACAGUCUUGAUAUUUCAUACCUUCAGAGAAAUCAUUUCCAAAUAUUACCCUUAUUGGAUCAUAGCUUGGUAAAAAAAAAAAAAAAAAGGAAAAAA